ACAGUCAAAUUCGCUACGAGUCAAAGUUGAGGAGCCAGAGUCAAAUUCCGAAGUCAAUUAUUUUUUGUGCUUCUUUCCAGGAAAACAUCACCAGCCAGCCACUGGCAGAUAUUGGCUAAAGUUUCAAGCAACAAUCCAAGAUUCCAAUCCUCACUAUUUCUCUAUUUAUUAUCUCGCUGUCUCUCUAAAUUCCAUCAAAACAUUCAAAUGGGUGUUCUGGGAAUCAACAACUUGAUCGAUUGGGAGUCAGAGUCAUACCCAGUGGCCACUGACUUCAUUGCCAUUCCAUUAUUUGCUGUCUUCUUCUUUUCAGUUAGAUUUGUUCUUGACAAAUAUGUCUUUGAGGGCAAAUUCACCUUGGAUGGAGCAAUAUUGCUUUUUCAAGUUUUUCAUUUGUUCAGCCAGAAGAUUUAUUUUUGGGAAGGGGCAUGUUACAGUGGAUGUUGGGAAACAUGGAAACCGGAAGAAAGUUAAUAAAUUCAAAGAGUCCGCAUGGAAAUGUGUUUAUUUUCUUUGUGCUGAGAUUUUGGCUCUUUAUGUUUCAUAUGAUGAGCCUUGGUUCACUAAUACUAAAUAUUUUUGGGUAGGACCUGGUGAUCAAGUUUGGCCUGAUCAGAAACUUAAAUUCGAAUUGAAGGUAUUGUACAUGUAUGCUGGUGGGUUCUAUACAUACUCUAUAUUUGCUUUGGUUUUUUGGGAAACCAGGCGUUCAGACUUUGGUGUAUCCAUGGGCCAUCACAUUGUAACUGUCUUUCUCAUUGUUCUGUCCUACAUACUUAGGUUUGGUCGUGUUGGUGCUGUUGUUUUAGCCCUGCAUGAUGCAACUGAUGUGUUCAUGGAAAUAGCAAAGAUGUCAAAAUAUAGUGGCUACGAAUUGAUGGCUAGUGUUUUUUUCCUUCUCUUUGUUCUCUUCUGGACCAUACUCCGCAUCAUUUACUACCCAUUUUGGAUACUUAGGAGCACAAGCUAUGAAAUUGUUUCGGCCCUCAACAAGGAAAAGCAAAUGGUGGAUGGAUCUAUCUAUUAUUAUCUCUUCAACACUCUUCUGUUUUCCUUGCUUGUUCUUCAUAUUUAUUGGUGGAUCUUGAUGGUUGGGAUGGUCAUGGCACAAAUCCAAGCGGGAGGCCAAGUUAGUGAUGAUGUUCGUUCAGUUGGCCUUCAUCAAGCUUGGGUGGGACAAAAUUUGGGACUGAAUUAAAAGAGUUAUUAGAUAAAUAGGGACGAAAUUGAACGAAGAGUUAAAAAAUGGAUUGUGCAUGCAACACAUACAAACACACGAGGAAAGCCUUCGUCAAAUAGUGGAGGCACAUGCAAGCCUCUUCUGAACUGUGAUGGAUCCUUUCUUGGUAUUGUUGGAAUCAUCUCGACUGGAGCUUCCUUUCACAUUGGCAUGUGGUGACGAUGUAGCUCCGGUGUGAUUCUGAUGAUCCUUUUUUCUUUCUUUCUUUUCCUCUAUUUUCUCUCUCAUAACCUCGGUUUUCAUGCAUGAUUUCUUCUCUUAUUCCUUUCAAGGACAAGAGGGCUUCAUUUUUUUCUCAUCUUCAAUUGUAGUCCUUUUAUUUUCAAUCUUCUAAAAAAAAUUCCGAACUAUUUUUUGUAAAAUCAAGUGCAAUAAAUUGGCAGGAUUUUUUUAUAUUCUGUGAAAGACCCACAGGGAGUUCAUCGAAACAAAUUAUUAAGGCUGAUUUCCAAUAAAAUAAAUGUGAAAUGACCAAAUUGAAAAAAAAAA